CUCAUUUCUUGGUUCUUGAGUUGGAUUAAAACAGACAGCCGAAAACUUUAGCAAUCAAACAAUCAUGAAAUUAUAUCAAUAAUCACUUUUGUGGUCACAUCAUCAAGUUACAAUUUGUUUGUAUAAUGUGUCUUGGCAUAAAAAAUGUCUUAUUAACGCGUUUCAAUCUCAUGUUUCUAUAAUUUUUUAGGGUGCGUCAAAUAUUUUUAUGCGUACAUAAAAGUUAAUAAUUUGACUCUUUUUUUCAAUAACGGGAUCUUUAAAGCAAAACAUGUUCUCUAAAAAGAAAGUUGCGCCGGUCAUGCAACGUUCUCGCUUUGCAAAAGCGAAACCUAAAAUUGUUCCGAAAAGUUCACAGUCAAAAAAUGAAAAAGACCUUUCAAAAAGUUCUGGUGAAGAAAAAGGAUCUGAACCUUUAAGUCCUGUAGCAAACAAAAAAGCUUCUCACGAUACAUCAAGCACUUCUGAAUCUGUGUCACUUAAUGAGGAGGUGAAAAGCCCUUCUUGUGAGAGUGUUGAUGAAGUAUCGCCAAAUAGAGGCAAUUUAAAUAAAGUCUCAACUGAUGCGAGAGAACAGGAAAAGCCUUCUCCAUCUAAAAAAGAACAUGAGAACUUAGACAAAAAUUCCUCUCCACAAGAAGAAUCCGAAAAUCAGAUAUAUAAUGGGAAUCAAGAGCCACCUGUUGCCAGUACAACUCCUCUUUCUGUUGCACGCACUGAAACUUCUCCUGUUAAAAAUUCUAGUUUAAAAGAACUGAACAAGCAUACAGAAAAUGAAAACAGUUAUUUUUCGCCAAAUUAUGAACAGCGCCCCAAAACUAUUGAACUGGUGGAGAAAGUCAUCCCAUCUCCUAUCAAAACUUCUGUUGUCUCUUCAACUGACAAGAGUUUGAAAUAUCCAUGUCUGACUAAAAUAUUAGCAGCUCCUAAGAAAAGGCCCCACAACAAGGAGAUGAAUGAGAGGAAGAAGAAAAUGGCGAGCUACAAAGAGCUUCCUCCUAGAAAUGAAAUGACAUUUACAGAUCUUAUUUAUUGGAAUCCAAAUACUGCUCCCAUGAAAAAAAAAGAAAAAUCACUGACUGUUUUUGAUCCAAUUGAACAACAGACAGCGGCUGAAGAAGAACUGGAUGAGGAUGAUGAUGAUGCUUCCAUUGCCCCCAAACUGUUUGUCAAUGAGAAUGGAGAAAUCAUAGUGGAUGAGACUUCACUUGUGAGAGAGAGAAAGAAAACAUUUGUAGAUAUGAAUGCAGAAGCUGUCAUACUAGACGACAGUGAUGUCACGUAUGCAACAUUUCGUAGAAAGGUCUCCAAGAAGUGGUCUCCUAAGGAAACUGUUAACUUUUAUAAAGCGCUAAGUGUAAUAGGAACCGAUUUUGCUUUGAUGGAAAGUAUUAUCCCUAAUAGGACAAGGCGAGAAUUGAAGAUAAAGUUUAAAAAAGAAGAAAAAAUAAAUAUGGAACUUCUUCACAGAGCAAUGUAUGAAACAGACACUUUUCAGUCAGAGUUGAGUGUCGAAGGUCUUGAUUUGGAAGUCAUUGAUAUCCCUGGAUUGGAAGAAAGUGUUGCUGAUAGUGCAGAAGCUUCUAAUGGAAAAAAGCAUAGAAAAAGAAAAUCUCAAGUUUUGUCAGAAAUUGCAAGCAAUGAUGGUUCCAAUGAAAAUGAUUCUCAGCCUUUCAAGAAGGGCCGUGGACGCCCUAAAGGAAAGAAAAAUGCUUGCAACACCUCUCAUGCUGAAAACUCUUUUCCACCUAUUGAGCCAGAUGAUGAUUGUAGUGUAGAGUCAUCGCCUCUUGUAAGAAAAAAGAGAGUGACAACUUUGCUGAGAGAUUCUGUGGAGCUUAGCGAUAAUGCAAUAAUUGAAGAUGAUGAAGCAUCACCAAUUAUGAGAAAAAAGAAAACAAGAAUUUUGUCUCAAAGUUCCCAAGAAGAUGAUUAUUGUGAAAUUCAAGUUCAAAUAAAUGCUUUGACUGAUGAAGAUAUAUAUAAUCCGAAUGAUAACUCAAAUAUUUAUUUGCAAUCAUCAUCUAGUUUAGAAAAUAAUGCAGAAGGCAACAUACGUGCUGAAGAAAGUGUCAACGAGAAUGUCUGCUUAGAAUCAUCCAUUAAUCCUGAGGAGUCACCCACAGAAUAUACUGGAUUAUCAACAUAUUCUUAUGUUAGACUUCAAAAGUUACCAAUCCCAGAAGAAAUGAUUUCUUUAGCAAGCAAAAGUCCUCUUAAUUCGAACUCUAUACUUGAAUCUCCAAAAACUGAUCAUGGUCCAUUAGAAAUAUUGUCAAUAAAAAAAGAGAAAUUAGGAUCACCUUCUCUUCCCAUGAGAAACGAAUUUCUUUCACCUGCAAAUAAGCAAACAGAAACACCUACCACACCUGAGCCCCCGAUUUCCAAAUCUUCCAACAGUCCAGUUAAUCCUAAAGCUACUCUUCAAAGAGGUAGAAAACUCAAUAUAAAACCCAAUGUAAAAUUACAAAAAUUUAAAAAUGUGAGUUCAGAAAGUACAGCUCUUUCAUCAUGCAAUGAUUCUCCCAAUGUGGAAUCUAUAGGCUGUUCCGAAACUGUAGUCCGUGAUCCAAUAGACAUAAUAUCGGUUAAGAAAGAAAAAUUUAAAUCGACUUUGCAAAAUGAACCUAUAAAUAAACAAACUGAAAAAACUAUAGCAUCCAAACCCUCGAUUUCUGUAUCCUCUAGCGACUCUAGUACUAAAAGUGCUUAUCAGAGAGGAAGAAAGCUCAAUGUAAAACCCAAUGUCAAAUUACCAAAAUGCAAAAGUGCCAAUCCACAGCCUGUUAAAUUUGAGCAGGAAGUACGAACUGAUUAUAAUGAUCCAGAAUCUCUCACCGUCAUCAGUAUUCUUGAUGAGCAGGUUUUAUCAGAAGGGGCAACUGAUGUUGUCACGACACCUGCUGUGUCCAGAAGACAAAAAACUAAAGGAGCUCUUAAAGGAUCGCCUGAUAAUAACCAAAAACGUUCACUUCCAUCAUCGUUUAGCUAUACUCCUGUGAUGGAACCAGAAACUGAUCCACCCUGCGUACGAGAGUCGUCGACUUCGCGGGACGAGCCACGGUUUGUAAGACAACCUAGGCAGCACACUCACUCUCGUACACAACCGCAAAAUAACCAAAACUGCUUACUGCCAUCGUCAGUUAACUAUACUCCUGUGAUGGAACCAGAAAGUGAUCCGACCUGCGUACGAGAGUCAACUUCCUGUGAUGAGCCGCGGUUUGUUAGACAACUUAGGCAACAAACUUACUCUCGUAUGCAGAGUGAUGCACCACUCGCAAAUGUUGGAAGUCCUUCUUACAACAUUCAGGCCUCUCCCAGUUUAGUGAGAUCUUCAUCUAGUCCACUUGUUACAACGUUAAAUACCUCUUCAAAUAGAAUAUUGUCCAUUCCUAUAACGCCAGAAAUGAGCGGAGGGAAUGAAACUGUGAUGAUUGUGAAUCCCUCUCCAAAUGGAAAAAGCUUCCACUUCUUUGUGCCUAAUCUAGCGGGUAGCACGCCACUGCCUCCUGAAGUUUCAGCACCACCUUCCAGAAUUCGAAGACCUGACUCAUUCUCGUUAGUUGAGUAGUCUAAGAUUCCAAUUAAAUUAUUUAUUUAAUUA